AUGGGAGGAAUACGACAGUAAUCGUUCACCUUGUCGCGCGCGUGAAGGUCAGAGGGACGAGAACUGCUCGAAAAAAAGCUCUGUUGCAGCUGGUGGAUCAUCCGAGUGUCUGUCAUCGCGAAGUUUACGAGCGAGAAAAAUGGCGCGAAAAUUCUUCGUCGGCGGUAACUGGAAGAUGAACGGCACGAAGAGCGAAAUAAACGACAUCGUCGCCUUCCUGAAGACCGGUCCACUCGACCCGAAUGCUGAAGUCGUAGUGGGAGUCCCUUCAAUAUAUCUCACAUAUGUGACCUCCAUUGUUCCCAACAAUGUUAGCGUCAGUGCGCAGAAUACAUAUAAAGUGUCCAAAGGAGCGUUUACUGGUGAGAUUAGUCCGGCUAUGCUUCUGGACAACGGCAUUCCCUGGGUGAUUCUUGGUCAUUCGGAGCGUAGAAAUGUGUUUGGAGAAACGGAUGAAUUAGUUGCAGAGAAAGUUGAGCAUGCUUUGGAAGCAGGAUUGAAAGUGAUUGCAUGUAUAGGUGAGAAAUUGGAGGAGCGCGAAGCAGGAAAAACAGAAGAAGUAGUUUUUAAACAAACUAAGGCAAUAGCUGACAAAAUUAAAUCUUGGGACAACGUGGUCCUGGCUUAUGAACCAGUUUGGGCGAUCGGUACAGGUAAAACCGCGACCCCGCAACAAGCACAAGAGGUUCACGAGAAAUUACGAGAGUGGUUGUCCAAAAAUGUCAAUCCCGCUGUUUCGCAAACUCUGCGAAUUAUCUACGGUGGUUCCGUGACAGCUGGAAAUGCCAAGGAACUGGCAAAAGAGAAGGAUAUCGAUGGAUUUUUGGUCGGUGGCGCGUCACUGAAGCCUGACUUUGUACAAAUCAUUAAUGCUCGUUCUUGAACAGUCAACAAAACAUUUUAACAAGAUUAUAUCAGAUGAGAUUUUAUUCCUACUAGGGAUAUGCAAAUAGUUGCAUACUGUUAUAUUCUGUCUAUUGUUCGAAUGUACAAAGUCUGUUCUGACGAAAAAUAUUGCUAUAACGAAAGGAGAGUCAUAUCUAUAUUUAUCUUAUAUUUUCAAUCUAAUCUGCUCGCAAUGUAGCUAUGUAAUAUGUUACAUUGUUGUUGUUGAUAAUUCUUAAUUGUAUUUAUAAUACUGCAAGAUACACAGAUAAUCUCAGAUUAAUUUGUCUGCAGUAUCAUUGAUACAAUUAGUCUAAUACAAUAAGGGAACAUUGUAAAAGCUUAUCAAUAAAUGUUAGAAGGAAAACAUCUGUUAUCUUAUACAA